AGUCCCCAAACUUUCCUAAAUUGAGCACCCUUCUGAAUAGAUUUGCGCGUGGUGGAAAGGUGGGCCCCAACCUGAUAGCAGCAAUAACAAAUGCUGAAGAACAAUCAGGAGGUAGUACACCUAUGAAAAAAGUGGUGUGGGGCCCACAGGAAUCCACUGACGAGAUAACACCCAGCACUUCAUCAUAUGCUCAUUGUUGGGAGACAAAAAUUGUUGAAAUCCCAGUUCCAAACUCCAAAGGCCUCCGCCCUGUGGUCCUUCCACAGGAUUUGUGGGAUCAGUUCCUGCAUUCUGCAAAGAACAAUACCCAAAAAGGAAUAGAAACAUGUGGAGUCCUAUGUGGCAUACUGGUAAAGGAGGAAUAUCACAUUACGCAUCUAAUAAUACCAUUGCAAACAGGAGAGACAGAUUACUGUCAUGCCGAGCAUGAAGAGGAAAUACUUUUUCUUCAAGAGGAGCUGGGGCUUCUCACCUUAGGUUGGAUUCAUGAGAAAAUACAGGGCAUUGUGGGCUUAGUGAAAAGAGGAGUCCCACUUGAGGGACUUAUAAUGACCUACAAAAAGCCCAAGGAGAGUUCCAUGGGGAAGGAGUCCUGCAUCAUGAAGAGUAAAGAAAAGUUCCAAGUAUCUAAAUGA